ACGUGCACCUACAGUCAUACUGACCUACACCUACAGUCAUACUGUCCUACAUACUGAAGUACAGUUACAUUACCGUACAACUACAGUUAUCCUGACCUACAGAGAUGAUCCUAACCUCAGCACUGUAUCUGUGUCUUGUCACAGGUUUUGAACAUGAACCCUCGUUACAUCCUUUACAUCCACCUGGUCAUCAACGACAUCAUUCUCCUGAUCAUGUUCACCCUCAUCCAGGUCCUGAGUUACAUCGUCUUCACCCUCAACGUCUCCCUCUGCAUCGUUAUGAUUCUGAUUGGAGUGACUGCGAGCACCAACAACCCUCUAACACUCGCUGUCAUGUCGUUGGAGUGUUACGUCGCUGUGUGCUUUCCCUUACGCCACACACAAAUCGCCACGGUCAGGAGAGUCCACAUAGCCAUCGGCAUCAUAUGGCUGCUGAGUUCACUUAUAACAUUACCUGAAUUAUUUCUUGCCCUUGCCACAGAAUCUAAAGAUUUUUUUCAUUCCAGAGUUUUCUGCCUCCCAAGCGCUGUUUUCAGACAUCCACAUUUUAAUGAGAAAAAAAAAAUUCUGAACCAAGUGUUCCUGGUCCUGGUCUGGCUUACUCUGUUCUACACCUACUUCAAGAUCCUAAGUGCUGCUAAAGCUGCGGCUCAUGAUGCUAAAAAAGCUCGGAACACCGUACUUCUGCACGGCUUCCAGCUGCUACUGUGUAUGCUCAGCUACGUUUAUGACCUGAUCAUCAGUGGUCUGUUGUUGCUGUUUCCAAAUGCAAUCCGAGCCAUUCGAUUUGCUGUCACCAUCUUGGUUCACGUUCUUCCUCGACUCAUCAGUCCAGUUGUUUAUGGGCUGCGAGACAAGGUUUUUAGGAAACAUUUGAAAAUGAAUCUGUCCUGUAAAAGAAAUGCUUGAAUUAACUAACAAAAUGGCUGCUAAGUUUAUAUUAGCUCAAAUGCUAACAUUUGCUAAGCCCUUUGACCUCUACCUUGAAGAGCCCAUCUGGGCCCUGAGGGUAAUGUGGGCACAAUAAUGGUAACAUGGGUGGGAUCAGAAACUAGGCCUGACUCAGAACCCAGUAGACGCCCAGGAAAAGUGAUCUGAUUCUUGAUUUACUUGAGGGUCUCCAGUGCCACCCUUGUUCUGUUCUCUGACCUAGAACCUUGUUGCCAUGUUUAAGACAUUUUGUUUUGGCUGCUCUUUUUUGUAGAAUAUAAAGCUAACCUCAUGGCGAAUUUUUAGCUAUUGUUGCCAUCUGUCGGCUAGCUUUUAAGAAUUUUCAGAUAAUUAAAAUAAAACUAUGUUUGAGGGGAUGUGCAUUUGCUCAAAUGUUUGUCUUGCUUUUAAUCGUGAUUGCGUAGUUCGUUUGGCUGAUUUAACUUUUGUGUAUGACUUGUGACUCUAUUCUUUUAACAGUUUAACCUUUGAAGAAAAAAAAAAACCAUACUCACACUGUAAUAACGUGACUUUGCUACCCUUGUCGACCAACAGUUCAUACCCACACAC